CAAAAUAAUCGACCAUUCUGCAAUUACCAAAUUAUCUCUAAUCAAACCUUAUCUUCUCCCCUGAAAGCUCCUCAAUUCCACUCUAAUGGCUACUCUGAACCUCUCUAUCCAUCCUAAAACCCUAACUUCCACCCACAAAACCCUAACCAAUCUUUAUCGCUCCUGCCCAUUUCACUCCACCUCCAUAUCAUUCCUUUCCUGCACUUCAACAUACCAAAACCCAUCGAGAACUGCCGCUUUCCCUGUACUGAGAGCUAUAACUGAUGGAAAUUACUCUUCCAAAAGAAGCAGCAGCAGUGAGGAAAGGGAAACGAUAAUGUUACCUGGCUGUGACUAUAAUCACUGGCUUAUUGUCAUGGAGUUUCCUAAAGACCCUGCUCCUACCAGAGAGCAGAUGAUUGAGACUUAUCUCAAUACUCUUGCCACCGUUCUUGGCAGCAUGGAAGAAGCAAAGAAGAAUAUGUAUGCUUUUAGUACGACUACGUACACUGGAUUUCAAUGCACUGUAUCUGAAGAAACAUCAGAGAAAUUCAAAGGUUUGCCAGGUGUUUUGUGGGUUCUGCCUGAUUCAUAUAUUGAUGUUAAGAACAAGGACUAUGGAGGUGACAAGUACAUUAAUGGAGAGAUAAUUCCUUGCCAAUACCCAACUUAUCAGCCAAAGCAGUCUAGAAGUUCAAAAUACAAGAGCAAAGCAUAUGUGAGACAGAGAGAUGGUCCUCCUGCUGAACGAAGAAGACCAAGACAAGAAGUGACUCCUGAAUCUACAUCUUGAUGAAAGUUCAGUUGGUGCGAAUUUUUUUUUCCAUGAUUGAUUCCGUUGAUAUUAGCGUCUUAUAGCAUGUAUGGUGAUGAGGACUUUAUGGUACUGGACAAUAUCGGGAAGAACUAAUUGUGUUUGGUCCGUUAAAAAAUAUUAAUGUUGUUAUUGUUGCUUGCUCGUUUGCAGGUGGCAUAUUGGUCACUGAAUAGGUAGAGGGUUUAUGUAGAUGGGAUGUAACGAACUCUGCUUAUUUUUGAAACUUUGGUUGGUGACUCCUAUUGUUAGUUAUCGAUAUUGACACUCAUUUCUCAUACGACUAGUUCACUUUGGAUUAAUCUUGUUUACCAGUAAUGAUAGGUGGCGAGCCCUGGUAAUGUAGCAGGGCUCGUUCACUCUAUUUACCUGACACACGUUUUGUAGCCAAAUUUUUACUGAGCUGAUAUGGUAAAAUGCGGGUUAUGCUGA